AGAUUCACUUCUUCUCUAUUAAUACCACCGCGACUAUUACCACAUGCAACUCCAUCCGAUAAUAUCACACCUGUCUUUAUCGUGCACAGAGUGAAUAGUUGCUUCGGUCUUGAUCACAUAGUGGUUUUCUCUGGUGCCUACUGUACCACACCAUGCAUCACCUGUAUUGCAAUCGUCUCUUCCUCCGAUAUAUGAGCAACCUAUGAAGUCUGAAUUCCGGGUACUAUCAUGUCCAGCACCUUUCCGGAUCUCUCUACCCCUCUGGGCCAUGCCACCUCCCCAAGUGGUCUUCCGUUACAAAAAGAGCGUCGAAGACUACGGCAUCACGGAGAUGGGUCAUCUUCUGCAUCAAUCGCGUCCAGCGACGGUGGGCGGUUGGCUGUGGAAGAGCAAUCCAGUCACAGGCUACGAGCAUCCUUUGACGAGGCCCUAGACAAGCUCAAAGACCGGCGACGACGAAGCAUAACCGCGGCACGACUACGGAUCAGACGAGAAGAUUCGGUUGAUCUUCAGUCGAACCAGUAUACGGGGCGGUAUACCGGGCUAGAGAAGGAGCAUGAAGACAAAGAACCACUGCGUCGGUUGCUAGACGGACAUCAGAACAUGUCCUCGUCGGUGGGGCUGGAGAGGAGGAGUAGCAUCGCCAGCGAUAUGGUGACUGAGGAGUCGGAUCAAGACGAAUGUCCAAAUCGGCCGUCCCUCUCCCCACAUGAAUCUCACUCAGCAUUGCUGACCCUCUCGUCACCGCUCGUUACCGCUGACGCAAUUACUAUCCCUAUUGAUUCCGUAAAACACUCCGACCCCGCAACAUCCAACAAUCUGGCGACUACAACCACCGAUUCUCUCGAAGCUCCCUCCCCAAAACGACAACGCAGUCCUUCCCCUGUGGACAAGUUAAAGGGCGCCUUUAUACCAGGCAAGCGACCGUCAACCCCGAAACCAGGCAGCGACUCCGACUCCUCAAAGCGAGGAACUCCUAGUACUGGGGGAGGAGGUGGGUUCGGCGCAAUCAUCGGUAGUAGGAAGGGGACCUUCGGUCGAAAGGGAUUCACUUCGGAGAGCGUUCCGUCCUUGGAGAGGCCGGGCUCUGCACCUUCAGGUUCCCGGGCUAAGGUCGCAACCACACCCUCGAAGCUCGAUACCAGUAUCCCCAAUACACCGACUAUCAGCAUUGUCGCAGCUUCUCCGACCACUUUCGUCACUCCGCCGACACCGACCGAUCCUGCUCGAAAAUCCUCCGAGCCAGAAGAACCCUCCCCACCUUCGUCCCGAUCAUCCGAUUCCAAAACCGACUCUCCGGUGUCCGCCACACGUCGCCGUGGGAUAUCAACAUCCGCUGUUCCACCCAAGCUCCCCAAUAAUGCCGUCUCUGCCCCGUUGACGCCCCAUCUGGAAGAGGUCAAAACUCCGGGAGGCAGUUUCAUCACCCCAGCGGCAGCCGGCGGUUUCUUCUCCUCAGUCUUCUCCGCCGCACAGACCGCGGCCACUUCCAUCACUAAUACCAUAACAAACACGAGCAUUGUUCCCGGGUCGAAAAAAUUACCCACUGCGCCCCCUGAGUCAAACACUGGACAGUCGGGUGGUGAGGAGGUUAUACUUAGCGUUCCCGUAAACGAGCGCCGAACGGAGAGCAUCGGAGAAAGGAAACAAUUAGCCGUCGAGACACUCGGCUCGGGGAAUUUAAGCCUCAGUCACCUCGGCAUAUCCGAAUCCACUCCCGAGCUUGGAUCUUCGAGCCCCCAGGUCGGAACUGCAAAGUCGUCAACGACACUGAUGAAUUCCCUAGUUCGUGAGGAUGAGGCGAAUGCCAAAGCUGAGGAUAGCGCAGCAGCAAGGGCGAUAUCAGCGGCAUAUAAUGACAAAUCCAGCGGGGAGAAUCUGGGCACCGAUUCAAUCAAACCCCCAGCCGAGCGAUCCCGUGCUGGCACUAGUUUGUCCGAGGAUACGACCCCUUCGAUGAGGUCGCAAAACUUCGACGUCGAUGGCGCCAGCCCAAACGGGCACCGCCGGACUGGAAGUAUCCGGAGUCGCGUCAGCGGUCGACACCGAAGGCACCGGGCCAGCUCGGCCACCACCGGUGGGACGAUUGCGGCAGCAAUAGGGGCGAGCACAACGGGUCUCGUCAACCCAUUAGGCCAAACAGGUCCGCGCCUCACUGGUUUCGCCGUUGCAAAUCCGAAGCGAAACCGCGACUUUCAUCAACUUUUCCGGAGCGUGCCCGAGGAUGACUACUUGAUUGAGGAUUACAGCGCGGCUCUUCAGCGCGAAAUCCUGCUGCAAGGACGGUUGUAUAUUUCGGAAGGGCAUAUCUGCUUUUCUUCCAAUAUUCUGGGUUGGGUCACUAACUUGGUCAUCUCCUAUGACGAGGUGGUCUCGAUUGAGAAGAAGUCUACCGCCGUCAUUUUCCCCAAUGCCAUUGUGAUUCAAACCCUGCAUGCGCGCAACGUUUUCGCAAGCUUGGUCAGCCGAGACACCACAUACGACUUGAUCAUCAACAUCUGGAAAAUCAGCCACCCGAAUCUGAAAAGCUCUCUCAAUGGCGUCACGUUGGGUACCGGAACCGGAGACAAGACCGAAAAGGCGGAUUCCAUGCUUUCCGACGAAGAAUCCAUCUCCUGUAGUGACGACGGUUCCGGCGACGAGAACGAGGAAUUCUACGAUGAAGAUGCGGAUGAUGGUUCCGACGGUUUCAGCGGUGAAGGGAACAUGACCACAAUUGAACGGUCAUUUACUGCACCUUCCCUAGCUCCAAGCGACACUGGGACGACCAUGACCGGGCUCGAUACUCUUACCGUGAAGAGUGACACGACCGUAAUUCGCAAGGGUUCUGGCGGGGUAGCCAGCGAAUCCACCCAGGAACGGACUACAAAGAUGGGUGCAGGCGGCGAAGCAUUGUCCACCACAUCCGGCGCUGGUGCAGGUGGUCCGGACAGUCCCGGGCCUCUAACACACGCACCGACAGAUUGCGGCGAUGCAGAUCAGCACUACGACAAGCUACUCAUCGACACGGUCAUUGCAGCUCCGCUUGGGAAGAUCUACAAUCUGCUCUUCGGUCCAGGCGCAAGUACAUUCAUGCGACGUUGGCUAUCCGAAGACCAAAAAUGCACCGAGGUGACAAUGGAGGAUGACAAGAGAGGGUUGGGGGAGGAGCAGCGGUCGAAUGGCUACAGCUAUAUCAAGCCGCUCAACGCAAGCAUUGGUCCGAGGCAGACAAAGUGUGUGAUUUCGCAGCACCUGGAGCAGUUCGAGCUCGACAGGGCAGUCUCGGUGCUCUGCUCGACACAAAAUCCAGACGUACCGAGUGGGAACGUAUUCGUGGUGAAAACGAGGUAUUGUCUCAUGUGGGGACCAGGUGGAGGGACGAGGAUGGUGAUGAACUUUACGGUGGAAUGGAGCGGGAAGAGCUGGUUGAAAGGGCCCAUCGAGAAAAACGCCCACGAUGGCCAAGUCACGUACGCCAAAGAACUCGCCACCGCCCUCCGCCUCGCCGUCGCUGCCCCAUCCAGAGUCCUCAAACCCUCCAAACCCGGCGCCAAACCCCGCCGGAGACGCAAGGACGCUCCCGCCGAGGAACGCAUCACCCCGACGCCCACUCGCGAGGAGAAACGGCACAAGGGCUGGACCGUCGUCGAGGCGCUUCGUAGCACGGUCGUGCCACUCAUCGACAUCGUCAGCAUGCUCGGCAUGCCCGGGGUGCUGACGACCCUUGUCGUCCUCAUCUUAUGGCUCUGGCUCCGCGUCACCCGCCUCCAAGACAGCGUCGCCGUCGCCCCUCUCAACAUGGUCGGCGGGGUGCGAGGGCCGCACAGCAUCCCUGGCCCAGCGCGCCUCGCGGCGUACGAGCAACUAUGGGAGCAAGAGGAGAACGAGUUGUGGAAGUGGCUAGAGGAUCGAGUCGGGGCGGCGGAGAUGGCAGACGUGGCGGCGAAGGAGCGGAUGCCGGGAAUGACGCGGCAGAAGAAGGAGCAGCAGGAGCGGGCGAUGCGGGACCGGGUGGAGGGGGCGGUGGGAAAAGGGAUGGAUGAGCGACGGAUGGACGAGGCGAUUCGGGUGACGAAGGAACGGUUGGAGGCGUUGGAGGGGGCGGUGCGGAGGCGGAAGCACGAGGAGAAGGAGGGCAUGAGCGAAGGUUCGACGAGCAAAAGAUAGCUGGAUGUUGGGAACUUUUUUUGGCGAUGGCGUUGAUAUCGAAUGAAUUGCUGCAUGACGGAGCGCGGGAAUGGUCAUCACGAGCGGCGUCUGGUUCGGCGAGCCCGCCAUCGCCAUUGUAUCUACCUUGGUCUCUUAGACAUGGUAUGAAAGCAGGGGAUGAUCCCCAUGAUUUUCUUAUAUCAUAUAAUUUACAGGUCAGUCGCCUCAUUAAGCUGUGCUGCUUGGGGUGUGAGUAACUGGAGAACUGCCUCGUCACAUGUGUGUUAGAGACGUUCUUAGCUGUCCUAUAUAGCGACCUCGGCCACGCCCUCUCUCCAACUUCAAUCCAG